CCACCAUGUUGGUUCUGGGGAUCAACUUCAGGUUUUGAGAGUAUUUUAGAAGGGCUUUAUGGACCACGGCUACGAAGAGACCUCAGUUUAUUUGAAGACUGUGAACCAGAAGAGCUGACUGACUGGUCUAUGGAUGAAAAAUGUUCAUUUUGUAACCUACAGAGAGAAGCAGUCAGUGAUUGUAUACCAUCUCUUGAUUCUUCACAGUCAACGCCAACAGAGGAGCUAUCAUCUCAGGGCCAGUCCCACACUGAUAAGAUUGAAUGCCAAGCAGAAAAUUACCUAAAUGCACUCUUUCGAAAGAAAGAUCUUCCUCAGAACUGUGAUCCUAACAUUCCCUUAGUUGCUCAGGAAUUAAUGAAAAAGAUGAUACGUCAGUUUGCCAUUGAGUACAUUUCAAAAAGUGGUAAAAUUCAAGAAAAUAGAAAUGGUUCGAUUGGAGCAAGUCUCGUAUAUAAAAGUAUCCAAAUGAACCAAGCAGAGAACUGCCUUCAGGAUGAGCAGGAAGGCCCCUUAGACCUCACUGUGACUCGAACGCAAGAGCAAACUGCUCAGCAAGGGGAUGGAGUGUUAGAUCUCUCUACAAAGAAAACCAGCAUAAAAUCUGAAGAGUCGCCCAUAUGUGAUCCUUCUUCUGAAAAUGCAGUUGCUGGUUCAACUGUUGAUGCAAAAUCAGAGGAAGCUACUAAAAUGGAAAAAGGAAAAUCAGCAUUAAGCAAAGUUUUGGAAUCUUUGUGCAUACGUCACCAUCAACAAGUUUUGGCUAUGUUGAAAUUUCUAGUCCAAGAGCAGAAUGCUGCUUCUAUUUGCUGUUGUAAUUCAUCAUGUACUAUGUCUUCAGAAUCUCAAAAAUCCCUAUUCGAAGAUGAUUUACAUGGUCUGUCCCAUAGCUGUGAAUAUAGACUGGCAGAAAGAGGGUGUUUACACAAUGAGAGACAAAGCCCUAGUUUAGUGCCUCUGCCAGUCUGUAUUAAAGAAUUACAUUGUUUGUCUUGUCAAACUGUAACUGUUGAACACAUUAAGACAGUAAUGAAUAGAGGUGUUGAAAACAGUUAUAAUCCACACAGGUGUUGUUGUGGACAAUUAGCAGAGAAUCACUCUACAAAAUCAAACUUUCCUAGUCCUCUGUCAAGGGAAGUUUGUGAUCUGUCAGUCAAUCUUAAAGAUGGCUGUAGAUCUCGAAGUCCCUCACCCCCACCAUUGUCACCUGUGGAGACUGGAGGAUUUGAAAAGUGGAAAGACAUCGUCUCAGAGCAUUCAGCCUUAGAAAAUAACAAACUUGAGACAAGCAUUAACCAGCCUCCAUCUCUCACACCAGCUGAGAUAAGCAUUCACAAAUGUGGUCAUGAUAGCAAGAUAAAUAAAAGUAAGCAAUCCAGUAACUCUGAUUCUGUGCUCUUGGACGCCAGCAGUAGUUAUACUUCAAAUCAUGAAAAGGGCGAAACAGCUAUAAUUUUUCAAGAUUUAAUGGACCGUAUUAAUGAAAAAUUAAAAUCAAUAGAAACCACAGAUACAUCAAACCUCAUAAAAUUAUCUAGCUCUGAUUGUGAUUCAGAUAAUGAUUUUAAAUUGGGAGAUUUAAUAACAUCUCUCUUGCACAGUGCAACAGCUAGUGACUAUAGUUUUAUGGAAUUACUGAGUCAACAUGAUAAAAAGGUAGAAAAUAAAAUUAUUCAAACACGAUUUCGAAAACGUCAACAAACCUUAUUUGCAAUGCACAACUCUCCUGAUUCGCCUGUAAUCAGAAGGCAGUCUUUACAGAUAAAAAGAGAACUUGCCAGUCUUGAUGAAAACUUUCUGAAAAAAAGGCACAGUGAAAAAAAUUCAAGAAAAUUGUCAUGCAAUGAUAAGAUACCUUCAGUGAACAAGGAAUUCCAGCCUUGUCAAGAACCUUUAAAAAAUUCCAAGAGCUUUCAAGAUGAAAAUCAUGCAGAAACACUAUCUUCACCAAAUGAUGUAGCACCACAACUGCAGGUAACUGUUGAGAGUUCAGAAACUAAUGUGGCUUUUGAUCAAUUUUCAGAAGCAACUUCAUCUGAGAAAAUGAGCCAAAGAAAGUCACCAGAGAAAUCUACAACUGAAAAACUAACUGUACAAAAUAAUAGGGAAAAUACAAAACUAGAAAAUACUCAAACACUUUUGAGAACUGAUGCUCCUGGUCUUUUGAGCAGAACUAAACGGAAUAUUGUGCCUCCAGGGUGGUAUUCCAUAUAUGUAACAAACAAUUCUGCUUCCAAAAAAUUCCUUGAGGGCAAAAGAGUAUCAGACUGUGCUCACAACAAAGAUCCAGUCAGAGAUCCAACUGAAAGUCUCCAAACUAGAGACUUAAACAAAAUUGCAAUGAAUUCUAAUUUGCAAGUUGUUGUGGAGCGUUUGGAAGACACAAUAAAUAUGGCUCAGAGGUCUUGGACUAAUCAAGCAUUAUCUGAAGGAUGUAAAGCCUACAAGAAAUUGAUAGAAACAGAUAGUAAAGUCCAAAAUUCUGGGGCAGCUUUGACUUGUACUUUAAGUAGAAUGGCUAGUAAAAAUCAGGGUUUAUCAAAAUCUCUAAUAGCAUCUAGUAAUAAAAGGAAUUAUGGUAUGCCUAUAAUGAAUUUGAAAAAGAAAUCUGAUAAUCAGAAGACAGCACUCAUUUUAGAGAGAAAUAGUUUGACAUCCAGUGUUGAAAGUGUGCCAACAAAAUGUGAAGGAACUGAAAGUUCUGUUUCUAAUUAUUCUAGUCCCAUCAAACUCAUGUUUUUAUCUGAGAUUAAAAGCAAUGAAGGAGUCAAAUAUACUUUAACUUCAGUCAGCACAUCACAAUCAAAUGCUAAGUUUGCUUCUCACAAGCAUAAAACCCAUCAAUUAACUGGAAGAAAAAGAGAAGCAAAGGAAGACAUACCAAACACUAACUUUGACGAUUAUAGUUCUAAUCAUGAUAUUAACUACCUUCAAAGCCAAUUAAACUGUGUACAAGAGGCUACACCAUCAUCUGCAGAGUUCCCUGACAGUUUAAACAGUAAUAAGCCACAAGAAGACCCUGAGGGAAAGUCAAGCGGUGCUAUUGACUUACCAUAUAAAAGAAAGCCAGGUAGGCCUAAAAAAAUUGGCCCCCAAGUUGUGAAACAGAUUAAACGGCCAAUUGGAAGACCACCCAAACCUAAAGCCGGUCAAACAGAUGUCAGUGUUGGCCAAACUGAGUCUUUUAGUUCUGGGAAGAAAAAUCUAGAAUCUCUAUCAGAAGUGAAGGAAGGUAUUUAUAGAAAGAGUAUUGUUGUCACUGUUGUUUAUGGAAGGUCAAGAAGAACCAAGAGAUGUGUUUCUGAAGGAAGCAUGAACAUUAGCAACAUCUCAUUGAACAAUGAUGCUGAGGACUUUGCAAUUAACUCUAGAAGCCUCAGAAAUACUAGAGAAUAUGAGACUGGCUGUGGAGAAAGUCUAAGUGCUGUGUCAAAAUUGACACCUGAAAGUGAGAUUUGUGAUUCUGACUUUGAAUAUGUUAGACCCAUCAAGAGCAAGUCUGUGAUCCCUCAGGCUUCCAAGAACAUUAUUCGACCAAAUCAAAAGCCUUUGUCAAUUGUUAGGAAGCCUGGUAGACCUGCAAAAGUGAAAAUCUCUGGUAUAUCUGUGACUGUUAGUAGAGUUUCACCUCAGCAAAGGGAAGUAUGCCUUAGCAGCUGCUUACCUCCUUUAGAACAGGAGACUAUGUUAGAGAAAACUUGCCGAGAAGAAAAGCUUGACCAACAGUGCAGUAAGUUAGAUAAGGUCAGGCACACCGAUGUUGACAUGUUUAAGAAUGAAUCAAAUAGUACUGUUGUUUCUAUACCUCCAAAACAUUCCAUCAGGGCUAGAAAACCUUCUUUGCAUUUCUUACAUUCACUUGCAUCUUCUGACUCACUCACUUACAAAAAUACUCUGCGUCAUAAAUCAUGUAAACUCCAUCUGCAGAAAGGCAAAAGUCCAAAGAAAAAAUAUAGACAGUCAAGUUUGAAACUAGCUUCCAAAGGUAUCCCAGGAUCUAAACAUUCAAGGAAAGCAGCAAAAUGUUUUGAAGAUAAAAAAUUAAUGCCCAUUUCUGAAGUAUCCUUGGACCCUGUUAUUUCAUCCAACCCUUUACUCAGGUGGUGGGCUACCUCUACUUCAAAUGAUUCCUUGUUAGAGGAAUUGAACAAUAGAUUUGAACAAAUAGCAAAUGCAUGGGUGCAGGUGAGUAGAGGUGAAGCUCAGAAUUCUGUUCGUAGAACAGAAUUCACUGAAGAUAGUGGUUUCAAAGCAGCAAGCCCUCUGGAAACCUGUCUUCUAGAACUUGAAGUCUCACCUGUAAAAAUGCUUUUUCAAAAAAAAUAUAAUUUGAAUGAACUUUGUACCUGGUUUAUGCAAACAACAGAAACACAGUCCCUUUCACUGGUUAGAAAAGCAAAUGCUCGAAACCCUUUGGAAGUGAUAAACACCAAGGGCAUUAAGUUAGGGGUGAAAUGCUGUGGGUUUAAUGCUAGCCCCUUCAGGAAGCACUUUAAAAAGUUUGCAGUCUCCUCUCCUUCAAAGUCAGCAGGGAAGUUCCGUAUACUACAUAAAAUGGUUGGCUCACCACUCUUAAAUGUGAAAAGAAAUUUAACACUAGCUAGGUUGAAAAGGACUGAGUUUAAGAGUUUGCACUGUGAAAGGUGGAGAAGAGAGGAAAAGCCACACAGCCACAGAACAGUUGACUGGAACUCAAAAAGAAGGAACUUAAGAUUUUUCUGCCAGAAUCAGUUUUUUACUAAGACAGAGGGGGAGAUAAAUGAAGAGACAUCACUCAGUGGGGAAAGUACAGUAGGUAACCAAGGGGCCUCGCUACCAGAAACCAGAGGUGACUCUCCUCGUGAGAGAGUGGCAGUUCAUGACUUCACAACACAUGCUAGCUUAGAGAGUAACGUUAAGUCAGAAACAAAGGAGAAUGGAACAGGGUGUGGCCAGAUCAAUUCUGAAAAGGGACAAGGACUAGGAAAUGUGUUUUCUAGUAAUUGGAGGACAGAAACUUUAAAAGACUGUAGAAUAUUUUUGAGGAAAAUCAACUGUCUUGAACAAAGAAAUACUUUUAAACUAAAUACAGUCAUUUAUUCUCCGGAAUCUGUUGACAGUGGGCAUAAUCAGGUACAAGAAGAAUCAAAGCGUUUUAAUUUAAGGUCCCAUUCGGCAAGGCAAAAUUCCUUUAAAAAGCAAAAUAAAGAAAGAGAAAGUGCCAAAGCAAAUAGUCCUGCAAGUGAUAAACUAACUGAUGAACUUGACAGUAGUCAGAUAAGUAAGCAUGUUAAUUUUGACAAGAGUCCUGAUAGUUCUGAGGCUCUUAGCAAGUUAAACAAAAGAAAAAGACCACCAUGGAAGACCACAGAAAUGUCAGCUAAAAGAUAUAAACGACAGUCUUGCAACAAUGGACAAAUGGCAAACUAUUGUACAAAAUCCUAAAUAGACUGCAGCCUCCACCAACCCUUUUCAAUACACUCCUCCUCAGUAUUCUCUCAGAAAGGAGCAGGCCUCUCCUAGGCAUCAGCAAGUCAUGGCAUAUCAAGCUGCCAUAAGACCAAGCACUUCCCUGUUUUCAGACUGGGCAAUGCAACCCAACAUGAGGAAGAGCUUCCCAAGAGCUAAAGCAGCAGGGACAGCCCUUGCUCCCAUUGCUGGGAGUCCCACAAAUAGACCAAGCUACAUACAACUGUCAUAUAUAUGCAGAGGGCCUCAGUCGGUCCCAUGCAGGCUCCCUGGAUGUUGGUUCAGAAUCUCAUGAGUCGGGCUAGCUGUUUCUGUGGGUUUUCCUGUGAUGUGCCUGAUCCCCCUGUCUCCUAUAAUUCCUUCUUCCCUCUCCUCAGCAGGACUCCCUAAACUAGGCCCAAUGUGUGGCCUUGGGUCUCUAAAUCUGCUCCAUAAGUCACUGGAUGAAGGCUCUGAUCACGGGAUGGCCAGUUCAGGCUAUGCAUUGACUGCUGCCAGGGGUCUUAGCAUGAAUAGCAAGUUUUAUAACAAAACAUUUUCGCUUCCUUCCCCAAGCCAUUGUGCUGUUGCUGCCUUACAUUUUACUUCUAUAACUGUACAAAUUGUACAAGUAUGAUUUUUCAAAGUAGUAAUACUACUAUUCCUAUUGUUUCCUUUAUACAAUAUAAUGUUCCAUUUUCUGUUGCUAUAACAAAAUAACCGAGAUGGACACUAUAAAGAACAGAAGUUUAUCUCAUUGCUUUGGACCUGGAAGAUCAACCAGCCUCAACUAUUCAGCCUUUGUCAAGAACCCCGAAACCUGGGGUCCUUGCAUGCAGAGAGGCUGAAAAUUAAUUGACCACCUACAACAGGUGAAUCUUGUGAAAACUACAUGAAUCUCUUCUGAGGUUAGUGUCCUCCCACUGGGUAGCCCAGUUGGAGGGUCCACCACCUCAGUGCUGCUGCACUUUCAAAGCACAUGAACCCUUGGGAACACACAAGCUAUGUCCAGUCUAGUAUGGUCAUCUUCCAAGUGGAUUUUUUUUUUUUAAUAGGAAGAAUUUCUUCAUGAAUUUUUCAUUUCUUGUGCUCUUCUUUUUUUUUUUUUUUUAAACAAAUCAGGAUUUCCACCUAAUUGUUUCAUUCUUCCCAAAUCUUUCUUGAGUCUCCUGUAGUACAGUUCCGCUGUGGACUAUUUUCAUUCAUUCUUUACUUUUAUAUAGCAUUCUUUUUUAGAGAGUACCUUGUAAGCCGGGCAUGGAGGUUCCCACCUGCAUUCCAACUCUUAAGUGUCUGAGGCAGAAAGAUCGUGACUUUGAAGGUAUAUUAAAGUUCAAGGCCAGCCUGAGCUACUUGGACUUUUAGUAAAGUAAUGGGCCAGGGAUGUUGCUCAGUGGUAGAUCACUUGCUGAGCAUGUAUAAAGCCUAGACUUCGAUCCUAGCGCUACAAAAUAUUUUUUUCAUGAAUAUGGAUUUCAAAUUUGGUUGAUUUUCUUUUAGUAUUUGAAAGAUUUUUUACCUUGCUGUUCCUGAAAUUAAGUCUGCUGCUACAGUUAACUUUUGUCUUCUGUAUGUUAACUUUUCCCGGUUAGCAGUUUGACAUGAAGCAUCUUAGCAUUAUUUCCUAUUUUCUUAGUAUUUGUUGAACACCUUGAAUAUGAGUGUAGAUAUGAACAAUCAGUUUAUUCGAUAAGUAUCCAUCUCUCUUUGCUUCUGCAAUGUGUCAUAUAUGUUCUGCCCACAGGACAAAUACUCAUUCAGUGGUUACCUCAAUUUUCUUUGUUCCAUUGUAGAUAAUACUAUUUCUGUUACUGUCUAGUCUGUCGUCAGUAUUACCCAGAAUGUUUCCCAAUUCAGUGAUUAUGCCAUCACCUCCAGUUCAGACUUUGUCCCCAUCACUUCUGUAUGCUCAACUUUUUGACCUUACCAUGUAUUUUCAAUACCUGUAUUGACAUUUUUUGUGCUAGUUUUAUGUGUUAAUUUACCAGUCCCUGUGAACUGAAUCAUAUUUUUGUUUGUAUCCAUGAUGUGUAUAAAAUGUGAGACAUUAUGAA